AUGGAGGGAGAUUCUCUCGCUCUCAACCCUGACAGUAUUUUCAUACAGAGGCCUGAUACGAUCACGUGGAAGUUUAAAAACAGGUUGAUAGCUAAGCUUACUGAAAGUACAAAUGAUGCUCCUUCUUCUGUUGAUGAGAGUUUCAUAGACAGACUGGAGAUAGACCAUCAGACUGGAUCUCUCACCAUCAAAAACAUCACAACAGCAGACUCUGGACGUUACACACUGAAUAUCGGCCCUGAUUUAAAAGCAGAUUCAGAAUGGAAAUUCAGGGUCAAUGUGAGAGUAAAUCCACAAGAUGAGUCAGAGCUACCAAUGAUUCCGGUCUCAUCCAGCAGAAUUGAUGAUCAGACAGAGAAAUUUAGGAACGUGUCAGUGAUGGAGGGAGAUUCAUUCACUCUUAACACUGAAGAUGCUUUCACACAGAAGCCUGAUAUGAUCAAGUGGAUGUUUGGACUCAAGCGUAUAGCUGAACUCAUUGGAAUUAAACCUGCUUCUAGUCAUGUUGAUAGUGAGAUAUAUGGAGACAGACUGGAGCUGGACUAUAAGACUGGAUCUCUCACCAUCACAAACACCAGAACCACAGACUCUGGACUUUACACACUGAAGAUCACUCCUGAAAUGAAGUUCAAUGUCACUGUCAGUGGUCGGCUUGGGGAAAAACGUCCAGAGCAGAAAACGGAGGAUAUUGAGCCGGUGUCAUUGAAUGAGGGAGAAUCUUUAACUCUCAGCACUGGAGAUGCUUUCACACAGAGUCCUGAUAUGAUCAAGUGGAUGUUUGAAAACAUUUGUAUUGCUGAAUUCACUGGUAUACAAUAUUCUGCUGCUGAUGUUGAUAAAGAUGACAGAUUCACAGGCAGACUUGAGCUGGACUAUAAUAAUGCAUCUCUCACCAUCACAAACAUCACAAGCAAAGACUCUGGACGUUAUAGAUUGAGAACCAGAACAGGGGAUUCAGAAAGAACAUUCAAAGUCACUGUCAGUGUGCUUUCUACAAAAAAAUGAAGAGAAUGAUUCAGAGGCGGCACACACACAUUGAAGACUG